CAAACUCCUCCCUGUGCUGAUCUCGUCAUGGAACUCACGGACUUGGCCCCGCUAUUGCUCAAGAAGGAACGCGCCAACGGCGACAUCAACCCUUCUGUACUCACCGACAUCCUACGCGAUGGCAAGCCUGCCAACAACCGCCGCAAGGAGCUCGUGGCUAUGAUCGAGCGCCAUCCCGUGCUUUCAGAUCGUGACAUGAUGUUCCGCAACCACACAGAACGCUACACGUUUGGGCUGAAGAAAGUCUCGCACUUUGUGCAGUUCUUAAAGGAUCGGAACAUUACCGAUAGAAACGAGCAGAAGAUCAUGUAUGGGGCGCUGGGGGAGCCUCUAUGCAUUGAUGUGCACGACUCCAUGUUCAUUCCUACACUGGAGAACCAGGGAACCGACGAGCAACGCGCCAAGUGGCUGCCAUUGGCUAGAAACUACAAGAUCUUCGGUGCGUAUGCGCAAACGGAAUUGGGCCACGGGUCCAACGUGCAGGGUAUCGAGACGGUCGCGACGUACGAUAAGGCCACUCAAGAGUUCAUCAUUGACUCGCCCACUCUGACAAGUCGCAAGUGGUGGCCUGGAGGUCUGGGCAAGACUGCCAACCAUGCCAUCGUGCACGCAAGACUGUACUUGGACGGCAAGGACGUGGGUGUGCAGGCGUUCCUGGUGCAGCUCCGAUCGAUGGAGGACCAUCAGCCUCUGCCUGGUAUUGAGGUGGGGGAUAUUGGUCCGAAGGUCGGAUUCAACGCCAUUGAUAAUGGCUACUGUGCCUUCCACAAGAUCCGAGUCCCUCGUGAUAAUAUGAUGAUGAGAUACGCCAAGGUGCUGCCGGAUGGAGCAUUUGUCAAGCCAAAAAGUGACAAACUCGUGUACUUGACGAUGGUGCAUGUGCGCGCCAGCUUGGUCGAGAACUUCGCCUUGACUAUGGCCAAAGCUACUGCCAUCACGACGAGAUUCAGUGCUGCUCGUAUCCAGGGACGCACUCCGGACAACAAAGGCGAGUUCCAAGUUCUGGACUACCAGAACCAGCAGCACGAACUCUUCCCGUUUAUCGCCAUCGCAUAUGCUGCCAAGUUCGCAGCUCGUGAUAUGAUGGCACGACACGAUGCGGCUGUGGCGAUUGUCAAGCGUGGCGACGCUGGCUUUGGCGCCAAGCUGGCCACGCUCCAUGCCGUGUCUUCGGGGCUUAAGGCUUGGCUUGCUGAGAAGGUAAGCGACGGUGUCGAGUCCUGUCGCCGGUUGUGUGGAGGCCACGGCUUCACGCAGUCUGGAAAUCUGGCUCACAUCUUCAAUGAGAUCGUGGGUGCCAACACGUUCGAGGGCACGUUUGAUGUGCUAGUACAGCAGCAUGCUCGGUACCUUUUGAAGAUGUUGGCUGCUGUCAAGACGCUGGACGAGAGCGAACCUGCUACUCGGUUCCUUGCUAAGAUUAAGAUCUAUUCAGACCCCAAGUUACGCUUCUCGAGUCAGAGAACUGAGGACUUUAGUGACCUAAAUCUGCUUGUGGAGGCUUUCGAGGUGCGUGCUACGCGUAUUUUACUCGCGCUGGCUAGUCAGAUGAAAGCUACCGAGAACAAUGGCAAUGCUUGUAUGGUGCUGAUGUCGCGCGUGUCGAAUGCGCACGCGGAGCUUAUGUUGCUUGAAGCCUUGGUGAACGGUGUUAGCGCUAUUCCCGCUGGCCCUGAGCAGCGAUCGCUGGCUCAACUCUGCUCACUUUUCGGUGUGUGGCUUAUCACCAAAUCGCUAGGAGAUUUCCGUCAACAUGGCUACUUCUCUUCUCAGCAAGUUGAUCUCGUUCGAGAUCAGAUUGUGCAUCUCCUCCCGAUCGUCCGCAAGAACUGCGUGCUACUCACAGAUGCCUGGGACUUCAGUGACUUCGAGUUGGGCUCGACUAUCGGUCGCUACGACGGCGACAUCUACCGCGCAUUGGUGAAGCGCGCUGCUGAUGAGCCACUGAACAAGACACAGGUUCCGGAAGGGUACGAGAAGUACUUGAAACCUCUGAUCCAGUCUGAUCUGUAGAUGCAGUAGGGAGCUCUUCGUACUGUAGCCAUUUCUGGUAGUGGUGCCGUCACCCGAUUCGCUUUGAUCAGAAUGGGAAUACUAGUACUAGCAUGUGUGUUGAUUGCGACCGCAAGUGCGAUGUUAAACGAGCUGUACAUGGGUGUUAUUCACUGGUUUCA